AUGCGGUCACGGGUGGCUGUGUCACUGAGUUAUAUCAGCCUCUUGUGUAUGCUGGAGAUGCCAAACUCAUUGCCUCUGCCCUCACCAAACAUCUUGCUGCUUCCAACUCCCAGGUAAAUAUACCAGCUUUACACUUGUGUUACAGGUCUAUGAUAUAUUAUACAUCUACAUUCAUCUUUAAUUAUAUACACUGUAAAUAAGGAUACUACAUAUCUCUCUUUAAGAACUGUUUAUAUAAAUAUAUAUACACACACACACACACACACACACACACACUCGGAAUAAUAAACUAUAUAAAUUUCUCUCCUCUCCACUGUUAGUCUCCUUUCCCAUGUAGUCCCCCCAGCUAUCCCCUCCCCUGUGCUGUCACUCCUUUACUCCGUACGUGAAUUUUAGCAUGCUUGUAUUUAAAAAAUUGUAUAUCGACCCUAAUCUGGUCUCUCCCCCUUCACACUCAUGUUCCAAUGUCAUAUGACUAGCCUUCCUGCUCUUUCCAUAUGGAGCAUCUGCAGUCUGCACAGUCUGAUGCAACACUGAUGCAAUGUUAAAUCUUCAUGUUUGAAAGUCACACAUAUAUAAAGGGUGUGGUCACAUGACCCAGUGACAAACCAUAUUGCCACCUUAAUUUUCCUAUACUCUUUGUAACACGAUAGUUUGAUGGUUACAGUGUUUCAGUACUUCAUUCAUAUAGGAGUUUAUUCACUAAACAGCAACUGGAGGGCAGCAGAUAUAGGAUAUUGGCUCCUGAUUUUAAAGUCACCCGUUAAAUCGUACACUGUGUUCAGAGAAUAAGCCCCAUUAACAGGUCAAUUCACUAAAGUGAAAAUGCGAAGUGAAUUUCAAAUUCAAGGUGAAAAUAUCCAAACAGGAAAAAUUCCCAUUCGUUCAGCAAUGCCUCCAGUAAAUUUGAAAUUCGUUUUUAAUUCUCACCUUAGUAGAUAAUCUUCUAAGUAUAACAUUUGUAUCCAAAACAGAAGUAUUUGAUUAAACCGUUUUGAUGGCUCAGAGCGCAGACACACACAUCCACCCAUUGACAGACACACAAACACUGAGAGGCAUACACAAUCACUCAGACAUACACACAUACACACACACAUUCACUGACACACACACACACACACACUGACAGACACACACUGACAGACACACACACACACACACACUCACUCACAGAUACACACUGACAGACACACACAAACACACACACACACACUGACAGACACACAAGCUCCCUCACAGAAACACACUGACAGACAUACACACACACACACACACACUCACUCACAGACACACACUGACAGACACAGACAAUCACUCAGACACACACUGACAUACAUAAACUUACUCACUCAUAACACACUCACUCACAGACACACACAUUCACUGACAGACACACACUCGCAGACACACAUUCACUGACAGACACACACACUCAGAGACACACACUGACAGAUAUUUACACACAGACUCACUGACAGACAGAAACACUGACAGACACACACUCAUUCACUCACACAUUCACUGACAGACACACAUACUCACAGGCACACACUGACAGAUAUACACACACAGACUCACUGACAGACACACACACACACUCACUCAUUCCUACAUUCACUGACAGACACAAACACACACACACUCUGACAUAUAUACACACACACACACACAUACAUCCCCCAACACUCAGAUUAUUUUUUUAUUCUAAUUUAAAUUCUCCCAGCCUCCCUACAUUUGGAAGAGCUGGGUGGAUUUUUUACCUGGGGUCAAGUGGGGCUGCUGGCAGGGCUGUUUAGGCAGGCGUGCAGGCAGGCAUGUGACCAGUUGAGGUCCAGGCGGGCGGUGAGGGAGCGCUGAUUUGUGAGCUCUCCGCGCCGCAAAGUGAUGCAGGGAGCUGGAAUUUGACAUCAGAUUUCGGCUGACGGCAUCAGUCUGUGGAAUACAAGGUAGCUGAGCAGGGAGAGCUCACAAAUCAGCGAUCCCUCGCCGCCCACCUGUUGCUCAAAUACAUGCCUGCCCCAAGGCAUUGUCUGAGCAAAAACCAAACACAGCGUUUUUUGCCGCCACCUGGAAAGUGCUACCCAAGGCAAAUGCAGCGCUGAGUGGUGUUACUUAGUACAGUAUUGGGUUCAGCCAUAAUUCACCAGCCCUGUCUGUAAUGUAAUACACUACCACAUAUUUGUAUGUAAUUGAAACUUAAAUUUCCACUUUAUUAAGAAUGGUUAUUUAUUUAUUAAUUUAUUAAAGUUUUUAUUUUUAUUGUGCAUAGAAUUACAUAUAAGCUUGAAUGACCAUGACAGUUCAGACAAGCAUCAGAGUUGCAAACGUCACAAUACUGUGACAUGUCAAGUAGAGUAUCUGCACAUUUUUUAAUGAACGUACGAUCAGGCUACUCAGUCAUGUCUAACUACGAGAAGUGAGAAGGUCAAAUAUAAGCUAGCAUAAGAUAUUUAACUAGAAAUGUGUACAGUUAGUUUUAUGACUUAUUUAGCUACUCAGACAUGGAGAUGCGAGUAAGUAUUAAUUGUUGACAUGCUAAUAAACUGUGACAGGCUGAUAUUCCAUUGGGUACCACACACUUAUAGAUACAAUUAAGAGAAAAAAUUAAGAGAACAGGAUUGAACUCCCUGCAUCCUAAACUCCUCGCAGUAAGUAAACCACUGAAAGUGAUGUAUAAGGGAAAGAUCUCUGCAUAAGGUAGAUAACUUAGAUCGGCAGUGUAGAGAGAACAACAAUAAGAAGGGCUAGCCAGCUGAACAUAAAUUUAACUUUAAAUACAACCAGAGCCUGCAUAUGAGAGCUUGUCAGUAUGUCCACUGGGCACAAGACACAAGAUAGAGUAGGUAUUUGAGUAGACAGGGUAAUUUGGUAGACAGGGUAAUGUGCCAUAAAGCGGUUCCCCCAUGCUCCAUGCUGAUCAUGUUGUGCCAUCUCUUCCUGCUUCAUGUAUGGCUGCGUUGUUCGCCUCUCCCAGUCUUGAGCUCGGAGUGGAGUAGUGGGUGGUCGGCUGGAGCCCGGCCCUGAGGACCAAGAGUUGGAUGUGUGUCUCAUGCGUUCCCAGCUUGGUAGAAGAGCAGCAAAUUAAGACCAUGGUUUAAGCCGGUGAUGGCCCGGUGCCUGUGGACCUCUUUCCAGGGUGUAGCGCUACCAUGUGGGGUGCCAUGUCACCUGGCUCGAGGCUCGGGUAGGUAAAACCAGGUAGCUGGUUACAGGUGUUACUGGGGCCAGGAGUUUACUCAGUCCCCCCUUUUUUUUUUCAGUGAGGGGUUUCUCUGGUGCCGCCUGGUGGCGAAUCAGUGCGGGGCCAUUUUAUAUUUGGGGCAUUGUGGUAUGCCUUGCAGGCAUCAUUGAAGACCGCUUAGGUAUCCUCCAGUGAAGACCGGGAUAACCCCCCCUGGUCCAAAAGGGGGGGUGGGGAAGGGGCCUGUGAGAUGUGUCACAGAGCAGACGUGUGGCAGCCAGGUAAGUGAGCAGGGUGGCGGCUGUCCGUCCCAUUUCUUUACGAAGAAGGCCGCAAGCUCCAAAGCCUUGUCCAGCCAGUGGGGCCCCAAAACUCCGGAUCUCUUGUACCAACGUCAGCUCGAGCACAGUGUUUUUCCCCUCCGGCUCGAAUUAAGGCUGUGAACCUAGAUUAUCGGUCAAAAAGGCCAAUUUCUGCAGGAGCCUCUCCCGCAUGCGACCGGUCAGCAUGGCGGGCAGGCCCCACCCCCCCAUGAAUGGUUAUUUAAGUGAGUGUGUUGCAGCUUCCGGCCUUGCCAUAGGUGCUUUUUAUAUGGCAUCCAAAGAGAACAAUAAGUAUAGAGAACAGGAUAGCUAAAGGGUAGAUCCACAGCUGUUGUAGAUCUGCAGUUCCCAUGAUGCUUUGACAGAUAUUGCCUUUUCUUGUCACCAUCAGGGUUAUUCACUAAAGGGAGAAUUCAAAGUGCAUUUCAAAUUAGCUAAAUUAAUCAAACUAGUCGAAAUGGAAAAACUCUCUGUGCUUUCAGUUCAGAUACUCCGGCAUCAAAAUUGGAGUUCUCUCUUUAGUAAAUAACUUUGAAUAUCCUAGAAGUGGGAAAAUUGUAAUUUCAGCAGCAUCUCAUUAACAUAUAAAGUCAUGUGGAAAAGAAAAUAAACCCUCUUUGAAAUCUAUGGUUUUACGUAUCAGUACAUUAUAACUAUCAUCUGUUCCUUAGCAGGUCUUAAAAUUAGGUACAUACAUUCUAAGAUGAACAAUAUUAUUACACUGUGUCAUGAUUUAUUUAACAAAAAUAAAGCCAAAUGAAGAAGCCAUGUGUUAAAAACUAAGUACACCCUUACUGAUUCCAUAGGAACUAAAAGGCUAAGUAUCAGACCAAUACAGCUGAAUGUUUGAGUAGAUUUCUGGUCUGAAGCAUUCAAGUGUGUGGUAACAUAAUGCCAAGGAGGAAAAACAUCAUCAAUGAGCUUAGAGAAGCAAAUGUUGCUGCCCAUCAAACUGAGAAGGGUUAUAAGGCCAUUUCCAAACAAUUUAAAGGCCACCAUUCUACAGUGAGAAAGAUUAUUAAAAGUGGAAAACAUUCAAGACAACUGGUGGUCUUCCCAGGAAUGGAUGUCCCAGCAAAUUCAACCUAAGGUCGGUCAGACCAUGCAGUGCUCAAAGAAAUGUAAAAAAAACCCCAAGAGUUACAUCUCAGAGUCUACAGGCCUCAUUUAGCAUGUUAAAUGUUACAGUUCAUGACAGUACAAUUAGAAAAAGACUGAAUAAGUAUGGUUAGUUUAGAAGGUUUGCCAGGAGAACCGUUAAAACCUAUAAUCUAUAAAAAGAACAUGGCAGCAUGGCUUAGAUUUGCAAAGUUGCAUCUGAACAAACCACAGGAUUUCUGGAACAAUGUGCCUUUGACAGAUGAGACCAAAGUGGAGAUGUUUGGCCAUAAUGCACAGCUCCAUUUUUGGCAAAAACCAAACACAGCAUUUCAGCACAAACACCUCACAACAACAAUCAAGCACAGGGGUGGAGGGGUGAAGACUCUGGCUUGCAGACACAAGGCCUGGGAACCUUGCCAUCAUUAAGUCAACCAUGAACUGCUAUUUAUAUUAAAGUAUUCUAGAGUCAAACGUGAGACCAUCUGUCCAACAGCUAAAGCUUGGCUGAAAUUGGAUCAUGCAACAGGACAAUGAUUCCAUGCACACUAGGAAAUCUAUAGUAGAAUGGCUGAAAAAGAACACAAUUAAGGUGUUGUAAUGGCCCAGUCAGAGUCCAGACCUCAACCCAAUGGAAAUGCCAUGUCGGGACAUUAAAAGAUCUGUGCGUAAACAAAUGUCAGCAAACCUCGAUGAACUGAAGCAACGUUGUAAAGAAGAGUGGGCCAAAAUUCCUCCACAAUGGUGUGAGAGUAAUAAAGGUAUACAGACAACUAUUACUUCAAGUUAUUGCUGCUAAAGGUGGUUCUAAAAGCUAUUGAAACAUAAUGUAGUUUUUCCCACAUGGCAUCUCCAUUUUAGCUUUAUUUUUGUUAAAUAAUAUGUAAUAUGUCAUGUGUUGUUGUUAAUUAGAGGUUGUAUUUACCUAAUUUUAAGAUCUACUAAGGAACAGAUGAUUAUUAUGUUAUGAUAUGUAAAACCACAUAAUUCAAAGAGGGCAUACUUUCUCUUUUGCAUUACAAUUCCAUCCUUAUGCACAAACAAAAAUUAGAAUAUUAAACUAUAAUAAUAUAUUUGUAUCACAUAAAUAGUGAAUACAUACUUGCUUACACUCAAGCAUACAUUGGAGCAUCUCAGGAAGCCUUUUGAACACUAGAUUAUAUUUCAAUUGAUUUACAUUUUGUUUUUUGUUUUUAUUUUAAAUAUAUGUAUAAAUAAAUUGAUCCAAUUAGAUUUUUAAUCCUACUUCAUUUGCCUCCUGUAAAUAAGGGUUAUCCCCUUAUAGAGGGUUAACACCCUUGAUACCUAGAGCCAGGUUUUCCUUAUUGGCUCUUCCUAAAGUGAGCAGUAUGGUACUGAUCUAUCCACCAUUUGUUUCCUACAAUACUACCCUAGAUAUCUCUUUCUGUGAUUUAUUUUUAGUUUAAUAAGUAGAACCAAGAAGAGAAAAACGCACCAAAGUGCUUGUGAUUUGAGCCAGUCGCUACAUUUGGCUCUAUUUUUGUGAGUUUGUUUAAUUAUAUUUUUUAUUACCAAUGAUUAUUGUACAUACUACACCAUUAGAUUUUUUUCUCUCCUAUGUUAAGUACGGGACUGUUUCUUACUGCAGUUCUUUACUAGGGGUAAGUGUGUUUUAAUCAGUGCUCCACUUAGGAGAUUUUUGGUGUAUUUCACCUUCUUACGUCCUUACUGUGUUUAUAUUUGGGUGGACAGGAGAUAUUUCCAUAUCAGUUUGGUAGCUGCUAUACGAUUGACAUUUCUGAUAUUUGUUUAAGCACCUAUUAUGUACACAGAGCACUUUUAUAUACCUUCAUACAUACAUAUAUAUAUAAAUAUAUUCACUCUCAUACAUGCAUAAAUACACUUAAGUGACUUACAUUCAUUUAUACAUAGCAACACUCAGUGGCAUACAUGAAUAUGUGCACCCACUGAUCCCAAUAUAUACAUAUACAUCCGCAUAUAUUUUUAGAUUGCGCCUACACAUUCUGCAUUGUGGUACAAUACUUAAGUAAGACUUUCAUUUAAUUUAACAACACACAUAUGACAUACAGGAACAGUAGGUGAAGAGCGCCCUGCUGAAACAAGCUCACAAUCUACAUGGACAAGGAGACUACACCAAUUCUCCCCCCAAUAAUGACAAACAACGAAUAUUGGAUGAAACAGGCCACAGCAUUUAUUAAACUUACAACUGUAGGACUCAUCCGAACUUUAUUCUUUUUCUAUAAUUCAAAUAUAAAUAAACACAUAAAUAUAUAUAUACAUAAAAUAAUUAACAUUUAAAUUACACUUAUUGCCCUACAGCCUCCAACUUAAAUAACCGUCCUUGCCAACAAACUUAACCAGGUGCCUAAGCACCAAAACUUUACCCACUGGUGUCUCGCCUCCCCCCUCGUCCAAACCAAAAAUUCCCAUCAUCUUAAAUGCUCUACCACCAGCCGGCUUUUUGCUCGGUGGGCACGUCCUAUUCGGUAACUUAAAAGUUUACCUUACAGAGCAGGGGAGGUUGAGACCCACCAUGUCCAUCUCCCGACAUUCCAUCUGCUCCCCAACCCUGUUGGCAAGGACACGCUCCCCGCUAGCAGUGACGGAACAAAAACAGAAAAUUAGGGUGGGUGGGUGGGAAGUUGUUUGCUGGCCAGAAUCCCAAAAGGCACUGAGGUAAGAUGAUCCCUGCCCCACUACAAACCCAUAACACAUAUAGCCAAUCACUAGCACCAUCCCCACACUCAUACAUGUGCCCUUGUCCGUUUAGCUGUGCUGACUCCCCAGGGCCUUGUCAACAGUAAUCAAGCCAGAAAACAAUUAGGCGAAGAAGUGAAGAAAAUAUCGGAGCACAGCAAAACAACAUUUAUGCGGGCAGUAGGUUAUGAUAGCUCCAUUGACCUUAAUUGGAAACUAAAGUCAACCAAACCACUUCAUCUCACUUAAGUGGUCUUGGUGCAGUGAUCCUGUAUUUAUAGCCCUUCAAGGUAAAAAAAAGGCUGUUCUGCAGAAAGGGCAAUGUUUACCUUGAUGGGUUAAACGGUACUCUAGUGGCUGUCAUAUUGAUAACAACUAGAGGUGAUUCCAUUGCACUCAUCGAGUGGUACUUGGUCAUGUGAAGCGGCAACUUAUAGGAAAGCACUUAAUUCAAUUCUUUCCUAUAAGAAGCAUUAGAUGCUGCACAGCACUUGUCAUUCAUAUGCUUCAGGUUCCUCGAUGCUCCUCUAUGCUGUUAACAGAUGAUUAAAAAGCUUUAUUCUAUUAAUAUUACGGCAACCAGGGGGAGCGGGGAAGUACAAUAGUUAGGGACCGCGACACACUAGUGUUCCUUUAAAGAAGCAAAGACAUGGACUUUAUUCUUGGAGUGGUUGAGUUUUAGGAAUUGUAAAGUUAUCCAGUCCGAAACAGAGGAUAUGCAGUUGGUGACAUGAUCUAGCACAGUGUUUCCCAACCCAGUCCUCAGGGACCACCAACAGUCCAGGAUUUAUGCAUUUCCUGUUUUUUUUCCAAUGGAGAUACUGACAAAACCUGGACUGUUGGUGGUCCAUGAGGACUGGGUUGGGGAACACUGAUCUAGUAGACAGAGAAUUAUCAGGGGAUUACAGGUCGAUUUUAGUAUAAUCAUCCUACAGAUGUUAGUGAAAGCCAUAGGAUGAUACAGAGGCGUAACUAGAAACCACAGGGCUCUGGUGCACAAAUUGCACUGGGACUCCCCCCCAUACAUCUCCCUCACUCCCCCCAACCCAUCCAUGUGUCGCAUUCACACACCCCAGCCCCUUGUGUGUUUCAUUCACAUCCCACAGGGUGAGUGUGGCAUGGUUGGGGGGUGGGGGGUGAGUAUGACAGAAUUGGAUGGGUUAAUGUGAUAGGGUGAGUGUGGCAGGGUGAAAGGGGGCGAGUGUGACAGAGUGAUGGAGAAUCAGUGUGACAGGAUUGGGGGGGAGUGUUACAGUGCUAGAGAAGGUGAGUCUGAUAGGGUGAAUAUUGCAGAGCGAAGGGAGGUAAGUAUUGCAUGGGUGAGUGACAUGAUUGGGAAGUUAUUGUGAGUGUGGCAAGGUGCAGAGGGGUGACAGUGCAUGUGCUGGGGUGACAGUUACACAGACACACAUGCAUAUAAACAGACAAACACACACUGACAUACAUGCAGAUACAAACCAUAUAACACAUACACAUACAUACAUGGACACACAUGCUGAUACACAGACACACAUACAUAUACAGACGCACAGAAACACACAUUGACACACAUACAAAACGCAGACACACAAACUAACACACAGGUACACAGACAUAUACAGGCACACAGAAUGACACACAUUCAUAUACACAAAAUUACACUCCUUCAGAUACAAACACUGACACACAUACAGAUACACAGACACACAUGCAGACACAGAGACACUUAAUGACAAACAUUCAGAUACACAGAAUGACACUCAUACAAAUACAAACAGUGACACACAUACAGAUACAUAGGGCAGACACUGACAUACAGAUAAACAUAUAGACACAUAUGCAGACAAACAGAUACACAUGCAGUCAAACAGAUACACAUAUAGACACACACAAAGACACACACAUACAUACACACAUACACACACGCACACACACACACACAGACAUACACAUACAUACAGACACACACACAGAUAGAUAGAUACAUUCAUACACACAUACAUACAGACACAACAUAGAGACAUACACAUACAGACACACACACACAUAUAGACACAUAGGCACAUACACACAUACAGACACACAUGCAAAAUGUUUUAGUCACUCUCCUGUUUCUCUUUUAGGUGCAGGAAGGUGGCUUUCCCUGGGGUCCAGUGGCUGACUCCAGCUGAUUGUGAGUCCCACUCUGACUCCCUCCUCUCCUUCUCCUCCCGUGCGGCUCGGUGGUUGCCGGGAGGAAGUGAUCAGGACAGUCAGUUCCUCCCAGCAUCUGACAUCAUCAGAACAGCGCGACCGGGCCCCCUGGAAAUACAUUGCCAUAGGGUGGCCCUAACAGCAUGAGCCACCCAAUGGGCCGGGGCUACAUUUCAUGGUUGGCAAGCACCCUGGUUGCAGGGAUCCACAGGGUGGCCGGGCCACCUGGAAUUACGGGUCCGAUCACAGCUGCCACCCCUGCGACCGCGGUAGUUUCACCACUGAGAUGACAGGUCACCAAGAGAGGCUGUGUCAGUAGAGAAAAGGUCCAAUGAAGGAUUGGUGAGAGAGGUAGGAAGAGAAUUAGGAAAGAGCAUUGUUACCAAGGCCGAGGUUGCAAAAGUUGAGAAGCAAAAGUGGGUGGUCAACAGUGUCGAAAGUGGCAGAAAUAUCAAAAAUAAGUAGCAAAACACAAGUCUCACACAUUCAUACUUUCAUAUACAGUUAAGAUAAGAUGCCUUUUUUCCCAGCUAGCUGUAUAUGGUGAGGACAUUUUAUAACAGGAUUUACUGUAAGCUUAUUUAUUCAGAUUUAUUAUAUUACAGGGAAAUAUUUAAGCAAUAAAUACAUUUUAAUAACUGGAUGCAAGCAUGAGCCAGAAUGUUUCCUUUCUCUUUUCUAAAGUGGAUUCUGAGUCAUUUGGUUCAGAUUUAGUAACUGUAGUGUAUAAUUGUCAAUACUACUAUCUAAGGGUUUCCUGUUUUGCAUUGUACUCUGCUGUCUCUUUGUCCCAGUAUCUCACCCUCAUCCAGGUGCUAUUUAUAUGAGAUAAGAGAUAGUGAAGUGCAAAUCGGUAUGGUGUAAUUUUAUAGCGGGCUAUUAGGCCAAAGGGAUUCUCCCUGCUUUAAAAAAAUCAGGAAGAAGAAAGGUAACAAAAUUCCAAUAUCUUUUUUCAGACUUUGAAAUCCGCCUAUUUAGUGCACUGGGAUUUACACAAUAGAAGGCUUUGUGAACUUUACACACAAUUUAAAUGUGGUAUUAAAGUCCUUAUGGACUUAUUCCUGCAACUAAUCAUUUCUUUUUUUGAGCCAAACAUCUCUCCUGUUGGCAUCAUAAUGAGGGGCACCAAUGUAGCAUUGUUACUAUGCCAUGUAAGACGUGGCUGCUAGGGCAUACUUUCUGGGUAAACUGGGCUAAUAGCAUACUUGUUGGGCAUAAAAGAGAUCUCUUGCUGACAAUUAAUUUAAUGGCAUCGUACAUUAGCUGGGCAUACUUGCUAGGAACAGUGGUUUCUCUAGCAAACAAAAUUGCCCAGUAAGCUUUAAGUUGGACAAUGAGAAUGAACAUUUGAUUUGUGGUAUAAGAAAUGGGUACUCUGGCAAACAGCCCUUGACUUUUCCUACAGCUCUGAGCUGUAGUAAAUAGUGCUGGGCUUUUGUAAUCUUUGCAAGCUUUUUGACACUAGGAAAAUGUUUGUGGAUGGCAUUUGUGGGGGUUUAUGCGCAAUUUACUAUAUUUGCAUUUGAAAUAAAAAUGGCACUUUUCACAAAUAUUGUCCUUCAUUGAAAAAGUAAUAAAAAUAAUAUUAUUUACUAAUGUGAGAAUUGUCUAGAAUUAAAAGUAAAUUUAAAAUUUUAGACCACAAUAGCCAAACUGGAAACAUGAAUUCCCAACAAUGUUGAACAUUCUUCCAGAAUUAGAUUAUCCUACACACAUUACAGACCGCGCACAGCAUUUUUUGAUAUUUUUCAUAUAUUUAUAAUAUAUUUGAAAUUUUUAUAUUUUGAAAAUAUCAUUUUUAAAAGCGUAUCUAAAAAUAUUAAAUCAAGGCCAUAAUUACUAAAAUUAGCAAAAUUAAAUCUGGUUAUAUUCUUGCAUAUCUUUGAUUCUUUCCAAAAUGAAACAAGAGUAGGCAACAGUGUUAGGGGAAAAUUAUUUAUAUACAUUCCAGACAGAACUCCAUGCUGUUUAAGCUCCUAAACCUUUACAUAAAUGAAGUCAAGUGAAAUUCAGGCACUUUCACUUGCUGAUGCAAGAAAGGGAGUUAAGGGCUGCGCUUAAACAAAAGGAUAAAAAAAUGAGUAAAAAUGUAUAUAAAUAAAAUAAGCAAUAAUAAUAAUAAAAUCAAGUAAAGUUCAUCCAAAUAAAUAGGAGUAUAAAUUGAAACAGUCUCACUGAUGUGCAGUAAUAUAAUAGUAAUCCUCAAGUGUUGCUCCGUCCGUAUGGUAGGUAGUCCAUAUAUGUGAAGACAAAAGAUAAAAGAAAAAGCUGCCAAUGGUGAAAUAUUGUAUAUCCAGAUGUGGUAUAUAUUCAAAGGAAAGGUAUUUCACUCACAUUUGUUGGAGCUCUAACCAGCUCUAGGAGAAGAGGCACUUAGUGGUUUAAUCCCCACUAUCGGAUAUACUUUGAUGGUUGGUCCGUCCGUCCGGCUUGGAAUUCCUUUGAUGUAGGCUAGGACCUACUCAGAUGUGCGUUGUUCUUUAAUGCUGGGGAGAUAGUUCCGCCUCUCCGGUAUUGGAUAGUAGCUAUCCACGGGAUAUAUAUAAAACAGCAAAUAGUGCUGUCAGUAUGAACAACACAGUAAUAUCUUAAAAUAAGUUAUACUUACAAAAAUAGAGCAGACAGAUACUGCUCUAUUGCCACAGCGCUGGUGGAAUUAUCCCCACCUAAGGAUUUCUUUGGACGGGAUACACUUCGAGUUUGAAAAUAUAAUAACAAUAAAUAGUGGAAGAAUAAAAAAAUAAAAUAAAACUAUAAAAUAGUUUUGAAGUAAUAUAAAAAUAAUGAUAUAAUAUAAAAAUGCCAGGAGUAAAAAAAAGUGUAUAAAAUACAAUAAAAAUAAGUAUAGAGUUGGUCCUAUUAUAAAGGGUAACCAAAAAUAACUUUUAUUGAUUAAAAUACACUUAUUAAAACCAUUUACGCGUUUCACCUUUAGGGUUUUCUCAAAAUGGUAAAAGAACAGUACACCUGGCAAAGAGCUGAAUAUAUAAGUAUACAGAGGUUGAAUAUGGCACCAAAAUUUUAGUGCACCAAUCACAAACACGUUUAAACACAAAACUUUAAAUACAUUUCAAAUUAACAUUAAAACCAUAUAGGUACAUUGGUAUGAGCCUCAUUAGGCUUAAGGAAUUUACAUUUUGUAAAAACAAAGCUUUGGAACGAAUUUAAUUGUAAUUGGUCCCUAUCACGUGAUCGGGACGCGGCGCGCAUGCGCAGAUCGUCUAAUCGGCAGAUCCCUUCCUGGUAUAGGCAGAGCGCUCAGUGGCCGGCUUGGAGGCACAAUGCUUCAUGGGAAAUGAAGUCCUGCCGGUCACUGGGCGCUCCUACUGUGAAAUACAUAGCGGAAAUCUAAUUUUACAAUAUAAAAAAACAUAAUAAGGAUUAAAACCAUAUUAAAAGAUAUAAGCUGCCACAUAAAUUUAUACAUGAAGGUAUUAAAUGCAAGAGAUACCAUAAAAUAAUGUUAAAAAUGUUAAUAUUAAUAAAAACAUUAAUGUUAUUAUAUUGGUGAAGGUAUUAAAAAGCACUCAGCAAUGAAAAUAAAAAUGUAAAAUGACAAGUGGUGUAUGAAUUAUGAUUGCAUAAAAUUAAAUAAAGUUAAAUAAAAUAAAAAGUUGGUUAUAAAAAUUAGAUAUAAUUAAAUAGACCUAUCAUAAAAAAUUGUGCAGGUCAAAAUCUGCAUUAAGUCCAUUUGGUGUAAGGGUCUGUAACUUAUAGACCCAUUCCAUCUCAGUUUUACCUAAGAUGUUUUUUAUAUCUCCUCCUCUCCAGGGUAGGGAGCAUUUUUUUAUUCCCAUAUAUUUUAACAUUUUAGGAUCUUUGUUGUGACUUAAAAAAUGUUUUGACAAAGAGUGAUUUAAAUAAGCAUUUUUUAUAUUCCUACAAUGCUCACCUAAUCUGAUUUUUAGACAUCUAGUGGUCAUCCCAACAUAUUGGAAGCCACACCUAUCCCAAUAUAUAGACACUCUUUUACAACCUGCCGUUAAAAAAUGAAAUCUUACCUUCAAGACUCUAUGUCCCUUUUAAACUUUAUAAAUUAUUUUAAAUGGGAGCCCUUCAUGUAUAAAUUUAUGUGGCAGCUUAUAUCUUUUAAUAUGGUUUUAAUCCUUAUUAUGUUUUUUAUAUUGUAAAAUUAGAUUUCCGCUAUGUAUUUCACAGUAGGAGUGCCCAGUGACCGGCAGGACUUCAUUUCCCAUGAAGCAUUGUGCCUCCAAGCUGGCCACUGAGUGCUCCGCCUAUACCAGGAAGUGAUCUGCCGAUUAGACGAUCUGCGCAUGGGCGCCGCGUCCCGAUCACAUGAUCGGGACCAAUUACAAUUAAAUUCGUUCCAAAGCUUCGUUUUUACAAAAUGUAAAUUCCUUAAGCCUAAUCAGGCUCAUACCAAUGUACCUAUAUGGUUUUAAUGUUAAUUUGAAAUGUAUUUAAAGUUUUGUGUUUAAACGUGUUUGUGAUUGGUGCACUAAAAUUUUGGUGCCAUAUUCAACCUCUGUAUACUUAUAUAUUCAGCUCUUUGCCCUUAACUCCCUUUCUUGCAUCUUCUUGUUUUUAAAAAGGGUUUCGUGAGGGAUUCCCUUUUUAGGGUUGCUGCUCAAUUGAGUUAGCGCAGACUCUUCCCCUUUCCUAUUUGACUUUCACUUGCUGGCUGAAUUUUGAACUUUUAGUGUCAUCUAUGCACUGACUAGAUGUAUAUAUAUUUCACGCACCCUGAGCUUCAGAAUAAUAAUAAUGUACGUGUUUAGGGUCACAGGCAUUCAUAGUUCCCAAGUGUCUCAAUUUAGGAGGGACUGUCCCUAUUUAGGCCCAAAUCCCUCUGAGCUUUAUAUUGUUGGUGUGCCCGAUUGUAUAACACAGCUCCUAUGCAAUAAUACUCACAAUAAUGUGUCUUUAAACUACAAUAAAUGUGUUUAAAAUCAGUAUGUGUAAAUAAGAUACAUUGUUUUUCUUCUAAAGUACAUUUUAGUUCCAUACAUUGCUAUUAGAAAGUCACCCAAAAUUACUCAGAACAGCCCUGCCUCUGGCCAUCCUUGCCAAUGUUGGAGGGUAUGGUCAUGGGUUAUAGUUAAUUACCACAAUUACUGGUUCAUAAUUCUAUAUGAUUUACCAUAUAAAAGGCAUUCUUUUCUCCUUUGUAGGGCACAGGAAUAGUCUGCCUCAUCCUCAUUUGUUCAGUGAAUUUAAAUCUUUUUGAACAGAAUACUAAAUGUAAACCAGGGGAGAAAACACUGUCAUCGAUUACAUGUUAUAUAUAUGUUUUCAAAACGCAGAUCAUGUUUUCUCAUAUUGCAUAGUGGGUGUCACACAGCCAGGGACGAUGGAGACAAUGCAAUUCUCUCUCUUUGCAACUCCACUCAGUCCACUGCCAGCAUAUCACUAUGAGAACAUGGCCUAAAUUAAAGACAGCAACAGUAAAGAGCAGCAGCUGGCUGGGCAAGUGUCUUCCACCAGUCUCAGGCAGACCAAGACAUGCUCAUCCUGCCCGAAGAUUAAAGAAAACUUACUCUAUGGAACAACAAAUCCGAUUCAUGGAGGCCCCACCUCGCCACAUACAGGACAUAAACGAUUUGCUGCUAAUGUCUGGUGUCAGAUACCUGUUAGGACUCUGUUUAGUAGAUGAACUACAUGAUGCAGAAAAAGCCGUAAGCACAAUGGGGAACGCAGUACAAAGGGGUACCCUCCCGCUGCUCACCUCACAGGAAGGAAGAGAACAGCACAUGGAGAUGUCACCUCCCAGUCUCCUACAGCUUUCUGUGACAGGUAGGCUUCAGCCCAUUACAGUGAUUGUGUGUGUGUGUGUGUGUGUUUGUGUGUGUGUGACUGCUAGUGAGUGAGCUUGCGUGUGUCAUUGAGCUUAUCUGUAAGAGAGCUUGCGUGUGUCAGUGAGUUUGUAGUGAGCAUGUGUGUGUCAGCUAGUCUCUAGUGAGCUUAAGUGUGUGUCAUUGAGUGUGUCUGUAGUGAGCAAGUGUGUCAACAAGCUUGUCUGUAAGUGAGCUAGUCUGUAGUGAGCAAGUGUGUGUCAGUGAGCUAGUCUGUAGUGAGCAUGUGUGUGUGUCAGAGUGAGCUUGGCUGUAGUGAGAGUGUGUGUGUGUCAGUGAGCUUGUCUGUAGUCAGCAUGUGUGUGUGUCAGUGAGCUUGUCCUUAGUGAGCAUAUGUGUGUCAGUGAGCUUGUCUUUAGUGAGCAUGUGUAUGUUUCAGUGAGCUUGUCUGUAGUAAGCACGUAUGUAUGUUUUAGUGAGCUUUUCUGUAGUGAACUUGUGUGUGUCUGAGUUUGUAGUGAGCAUGCAUGUGUCAGCGAGCUUGUCUGUAGUGAACUUGCGUGUGUGUGUUAGUGAGUUUGUAGUGAACAUGUGUGUGCCAGCAAGUUUGUCUGUAGUGAGUAUGUGUCAGUGAGCUUGUGUGUGUGUAUAUGUGAGCUCAUAUGUAAGCGAGCUUGUGUGUGCCAGUUAGCUUUUCUCUAGUGUGCAUGUGUGUGUCAGUGAGCAUGUCUGUAGUGAUCAUGUGUGCCAGUGAGCUUGUCUGUAGUGAUCAUGUGUGUCAGUGAGCUUUUCUGUAGUGAACCUAUUUGUAUCAGUGAGCUUGUGUCAGUAAGAUUGUCUGUGACUGCAUGUAAGGAUGCUUACUGUAUAAUUAAUUUUUUUACUCUGACAGGACCAAUAUUUUGAAUUAGAAAAAGAAACAUACCAAUAAUGUGUGUGUGUGUGUGUGUAUAUAUAUGGCUCCGGCACAGAGUCUCCAUGGAGAAAGAGGGAGAUGCGGAGCAGGAGCACGAGGCAGGUAAACAGGGGAGCGGGGCCCUGACAGUACCACAGGACAUGUUCAGAAGUCUUGUGCUGUCCAUGCCUCAAUGCAUCAGAGCUGUUUUGGCAGCACAAGGAGGACCUAAAGUAUUUUAGGCAGGUGGUUUUAAUGUUGUGGCUGAUCAGUGUUUAUGUAUAUAUAUAUAUAUAUAUAUAUAUAAAAUGUGAUUCUUUGUUAAACUAAUUUGCAUAUGCCCACCCAGAAUCCUUUGCGGUUGUAACAUCACUGCUGAUUUGGGAUUUCUGUGGGAAAAGCAAGUCUUAUGGCUUGACUGGUGUGCAGAUUUUUGUUUAGCAUUGUAUUAACUAUCUAUAUAUAUAUAUAUAUAUAUAUAUAUAUAUAUAUAUCUUAUAUCUUAUAGCCAUUUAAUUUGGGAAUACAGUACAUUUAAAAACUGUGUCUAAUACCUCUUAAAUGCUUAGUUUUAAUACAUAUGAGUUAAAUGAGUUACCCAUACACUUCAUGAUUUCAAACACAUCCCAGAAUAUGAAUCACUAGUCCAGCACAGGAGUACGUGUAAAACUGCAGGCAGUCACGUCCUUCCCCUCCUCCACAUCACUUAGCUUUCAAUGAUCCCUCCUCCAGUCCUAUUCAUCUUCUGAGCAUCUAUAACACUUUGAUCUCUUAACCUUACUGGAUUUUCCCCCACUCCCUCAUUAGGUUCUCUAUUUAGUUUUCAUCUUUAUUUUCACUCUAUUUGGCUACACAAUACCUUUUUCCCCUUGUUUUAGGGCCAAGCUUACACAAAUAUUCUUUGUAUGUCCCACAGUCAGAUAAAGCUAAUUCAGGAUAUUCAGAUGGUAUUAGACUAUAAGGACAGGCUAGGGCCAUUCUGCUGUAAGUUUUCAUGCAGGUCAUAGUAGGCAGGUUUAGACAUAUCUGGUUUAUUAGAAUAUACAUAUACGGCGAGCUAAGCAGCCUUUCAUUUUAUUCAGAUUUUGACAAAUAUAUAUAUAUUUUAUUUAUUUGUUGUUAAUUAUUCUAUUUAUGCAACCAAAAGAUGCAGUGAAACAAGAUUUAAAACAUAUUAAAAAAAAAAUCAUAUUUAUCUGAACUGUUGAAUGCUUUCAAAGACGGUAAAUUUAAGUUUUUGGGGGAAUGGAGAACACUUGCCCACUCUAUUUCUCCAGACUAGAGUGAUUGCUAAUUUCUAACAGUAUAUUAAAGGAUUGUUAGGAAAAAAAACAUAUAUUCCUAAAACAAUAAUGUUGGACUAUCUUUUAGAGUUCAUGCCCCCACUCCCCCCUCCUCUGUGGAGAAAGAAAUUAUUUAAACUCACCUUUUUCCCAUGCCACAUUGCUCUUGCAGCAACUGGCCCUGCCACCAUAGAAAAGUAUUGGGAAUCUAUUGCUCAUACAUGGCAAAAUGCAGUGCCACUCAGUAUCUUGUAAGAGAGAGGUGGAUGAUCAGGGCUUAUACACCCUACCUGCAGAAAGAUAAGCAGGAGGAUGGUAGAAAACUUUUUUUUAAAUAUGUUAAUAUUAAGUGCACACACAACCCCACACCCAAUCACAUUCACAAAACCCCACACACAAUCACACUCACACAACCCCACCACACACAUCUCAAUAAGUCAGGGCCGUCUUUAAUAACGAAUGGACCCUGGGCAAGUGUUUGCUUGGGCCCCCUGUGCCCUGCCGCUCUCGCCCCUCACUCCCUGGUAUGCAAUCACGGCAUCCAUCCCAACACAGUGGCGGUACUAAAGUAGAAUGAAUUUUAUUGGGACCCCCAGGGCCGUCUUUAAUAACGAAUGGACCCUGGGCAAGUGUUUGCUUGGGCCCCCUGUGCCCUGCCGCUCUCGCCCCUCACUCCCUGGUAUGCAAUCACGGCAUCCAUCCCAACGCAGUGGCGGUACUAAAGUAGAAUGAAUUUUAUAGGGACCCCCAAUUGCAAGGUUGGACUAAAGGUGGAACCCCAUCUGUCGUGCAACUCCAACAAUGCUUUGACAGCUGGGACUCUACCAAUUUCCCAUGCUUGCAGGGCUGUAUUUAGCACUGAGCCAUGUUAGUAUGUUUGAAUGUAAGCAUGUGUUUGUAUGGAGUAUGUUUGUGUGAAUGUGUUUGUAUGUGGUACUGGAGUUUGAAUGCAAGUGUGUAUUUAUGUGUAGUGUUUGUUUUUGAAUGUAGGAGUGUGCUUGUAUGUAGUGUUGACGUUUCAAUGCAGGAGUGUGUUUUAUAUGUAGUGUUGAAGUUUGAAUGAAGGGGUGUAUUUGUAUUUAAAGUUGCGGCUCAGAUGCACAGGUACACACUCUGACGCACAAGCAGAUACACAGAUACAUACACUGACUACAUACAGAUAAACAGGUACAUACACUGACAGACACACUGACACAGGUACAUAUAUUGACACACACACAGACACAUACACUGGUAGACGUACUGACAGACAUACUGACACAGGCACAUAUACAGACAUACUGACACACAGACACAUAUACCCACAUACUGACACACACACACACAGACACAUACACUGAUCAACAUACUGACACACAUACACUGACAGAAAUACUGACACCCACACACUGACAGAUAUACUGACACCCACAUACACUGAGAAAUACUGACACACACACACAGGCACAUACACUGACACACACAGACUGAUAUACUGACACACACACACACAGACAUACUGGCACACAGAUAGAUAUACUGACACAUGCAUACACAUGCACUAACAGACAUACUGACGCACUGACAGACAUACUGACACAUACACAUACUGACACACACAGAUAUACAUACACAUAUAAACUGACACACAGACAGACAGACAUACUGACACACACACAGACAUGCUGACACACACACACAUACACUAACACACAUACACUAACACACAAACACACACACUAACACACAUAAACACACACAUACAUACACUAACACACACAUACACUAACACACACACACAAACACACACACUAACACACAAACACACACACUAACACACAUAAACACACACUAACACACACACUACACAUACAUACACUAACACACACAUACACUAACACACACAUACACUAACACACAAACACAUACACUAACACACACUAACACACACAUACAUACACUAACACACAUACACUAACACACACAAACACACACAAACACACACAAACACACACAUACAUACACUAACACACAUACACUAACACACAAACACUAACACACACAUACACACACACACAAACAAACACACACAUACACACACAAACACAUAGACUAACACACAAACACACACACUAACACACACACAAACAAACACACAAACACAUACACUAACACACAAACACACACACAUACACACAAACACACAUUUUUUUUUUUUUAAUGUAAUCCCCCCAGCCUCGUUACCUUUUGGAGUGCUGGGGGGAUUCCCUGGGGUCCAGUGGUGCUGCUGCUGGGCUCCUGGGCGGGUGGCCGGUCGGGCAGGAAGGCGGGCGCGCGAGGGAGCACUCACUGCUUCCUCUUCAGCUCCCUCGCGCGCCGCGUAGGGAUGCUGGCGCCGGAAGAUGACGUCAUCUUCCGGCUCCGGCAUCAGUGCGGUGCGCGAGGGAGCUGAAGAGGAAGCAGUGAGUGCUCCCUCGCGCGCCCGCCUUCCUGCCCGACCGGCCACCCGCCCGCCGGGGUCAGCGGGGCCCACGGGGCAGGUGCCUCGGGCCCCCCAAGAGAAACUGGGCCCGGGGCAGCUGCCCCGUUUGCCCCGCGUUAAAGACGGCCCUGCAAUAAGUAUGUGUAUGGGGAGUGAGAAGUGGUGAAGAGGUGGGCUCUUCUUUGAUUCUUUCCCCUGGAGCCCAGUGGAUCCUAGUCCUCCCCCCUCCACAAGCUUCUAGUGACCUUGGAUUUUCUGUAUGUACACGUAUUUCCAACUCCAUCUUACAGGAUGUCUCAUAGGCAUCACCAAUUCUAUAGAAUGCCCUACCUCCUCCUGUUGGAUUUUCUUCUAUUCUUUGAUCCUUGACAAAAUCCCUAAAAGCACCAGUCUGCCCCUGUCUACUCAACACCAACCUAUCUCAUCUCACACAAUUUUACAUCCACACUUUUUUACCAUAUACUCAACUUUCUUUCCACUCUACAACAAUCUCACACACCUCUUAAAAUGUCUACAUGUUUUAUAGCUGGCCCUAUAUCUCUCUAUUUCCUUCUGAACAUUUUGAUCUUUACCUCUUGCGCAGUUUUACCCCACUUCCUCAGUUUGUCAGCUCCAAGUGUUAUUAUUUAUGUUCGCCUUAAGCAACAUAUCAGAGUAGAUGGCAGGAACCGCACUCAUUCCCAGCAGCCACAGGUGCUCCGGAACAGGACCAGCAAUCCCAGCACAAUUAGGCAAACAAAAAAAAACCCACACAGGCACUCCAAGUGUAAAGCCUCAGGCAGGUUUAUUGUGACAAAAUGCACUGCAACGUUUCGACCUAACUGGAGGUCUUUGUCAGGCUGAAGCAACAUGUCAUCAUUUAUCUGUUUAACUUCACUAGUAGCUUAGGAUCAAUAUAUCUGAUAUAAAACUUGGAUCUGGAUUAUCACUGUCUUCUCAGGACAGGAUCUGCUUUGGUUAUAGCCAUAGGCAUGCGCACGGCUGGGCACACCCUAAUCAAGCCUCAAAAUUGAGGCUCCGGCACCUCCGUGCUGCACUGCCGUUUACGGUCUUUAACACAAUUUUUCCAUCCCAUCCGAUCCUUCACUGUGCGAGCGGUAUCGCUGCAUAGUGUAGGAUGAACCUCCUCCAGACCUCCCCUAUAGCGUACGCGACGCGGUCCGUGACGACACGCGGAGGCAUGACAAUGCUAGGGCAAGGUGAGACCUGGCCAGGUCACAGCACAGCGGCAUCUUCUCCAAGAACGGCAGGUACAGUUUAUUUCCCCUCCCUUCCCGAAUCCUGCAGCGUGGCUUAUUUUGGCAUUUACAGAAAUCUUACUCACUCACUAAUAUUUACAAAUUAAGCAGGAAAAAUAUGAGCUACGAGGUUAGCUUGGUCCCUCUAGGACUUUUUAUCCAUAGUAAGGGUAAGAAGCUCUUGAGAGAAUUCUUGAAAAUGAACUUUAUUGUAUAUCGUUGUGUCAUGCUUAUAAUUCAUUCAGGAAAUGUUUUUUUAUCUACUCUGAAUGGGACAGAGAUUAAUUGACAGCAAAUAUGUGUCUCCCGUCUUUACCAGGUAUGCUUAUUUUCGGUAUCUCCAUACAUCAUUCAUGCAGGUCUACAAGUUAGAAGAUACUGGGCCCAUUCCCAAACUUACUUUGCCUUCAACACAUGCACAUUUACCUAGGUCUUUUAGUAUCAAUGAACAUGCAAUGGCAGGGUUAGGUCUAUAUGAGGUUAUUAUGGUUUCCUUAGUGGAAUUCAUUAACACUGAACUCAAAUCAAGUGUUAUUUUGUAUCUGAAUUCCAAAUUAUUGACUCUCGGUACAUACUAUAUACAUGUCUAGGUGUUGCUGUGCGUCAUUCAAUGGAAACAAUGGGCAGGAAUUCCCUCUGCACAAACUGACUGCUCUCUGACAUAAAAGAGGCUCAAUUUAGGCUUUGUUCUAAUCCCAUAAAUCCCUGUAUACCAAGAGAAAUAUAGGUUUUCCCCAGCCACAGUUCCACUCAUCACGUAGGAUUAUUGGGACUUCUCAAUCAACUAAUACGCUGGCUCAGUCCGUUUGUAUACAGCCUGGCUCACAGUAAGGCUCUAUUAUUAUUCUAUUAUAGGUUAUAUUAUUCUAUAAUAGAUUCUAUUAUCCUGCAGCAUGGCUUAUUAUGGCAUUUACAGUUUCAAAUGUUUAUUGUAAUGAGAAAUAAAUGAAAGACUUUCAAAAGCCUAUCAAUCAUCCGGUCAUUACAUUGAAAUAAUGUUAGAAAUACAUAGAAAGCUCAAUAUCAUUGUCAAAAAGUUGUUGUUUUUUUAAAGUGUAAAUUAAUAAAAAUAAUGCCUUGGUACGAAAUAGUAGCCUAAUGUAUUUUAUGAAUGUAUUUAUUUGGGGGGAAGGGACAUAAUUGUGAACUGGCAGCAUCCAACAUUAGAUGAGGGGAUUAUUGCUACAAAGAUUUUGAUUGCUGACUGAGAUAUUAAGGAAAGGAUUUAAUUCCUCCUAAAUAUUGCAAUGAAUAGAUUAUUAGCAUAUCUUUAAAGGAACACUAUAAAGGAACACUAUAGAGUCAGGAACACAAACAGGUAUUCCUGACACUAUAGGGUUAAACUAACUAUUUAGGUUACCAGCCCUCUCUGAUUGCACAUGUGUAUGUGUGUAUAUAUAAUAUACAUAUACACAUGCGGCGUGUGUGUUUGCGCUUUAGGGUGCACACCCUAAUGCAAUAGGCUGCGCACGCCUAUGGGUAUAGCUAGAGUUGAGCGGACACCUGGAUGUUCGGGUUCACCGAGUUUGGCCGAACUUCAUCAAAACGUUCGAGUUAUGGUUCGAACUUGACCUGAACUUGACCCCGAUCCCGAACCCCAUUGAAGUCAAUGGGGACCCAAACUUUUGGGCACUAAAAUGCCUCUAAAAAAGUCCUGGAAAGGGCUGCAAAAGGAAGUAAAAUGGGGGUAAGAGUAGGACAAGUGCCCUGCAAACAAAUGUGGAUAGGGAAAUCACUUAAAAUAACAUAAAAUAAGCAGCCGCUUAGUAGAUAACUCCCUAAUUCCCACGGUAUUAGGGAGUUAUCUACCAAAAGGCUGAAAGACCUAAAUUGGUCUUUAUAAAUAAAAAAAAAUAAAAACCUAUUGGCCCCCACACCUGAACGGCGGAUGGGGGCCCUAAUGUAAAAUAAGGGGGAGGGGACCUAUUGUCCUACCCCCCAGCCCCCACCCCUGAGCACGGGUGGGGGCCCUAAAUAACAAUGAGGGGGGGACCUACUGGUCCUCCCCCCCUGGCCCCCACCCCUGCGCGGUGGGUGGAGGCCCUAAAUAAGAUUUUGGGGGGGACCUACUGUCCUCCCCUCCGGUCCCCACCCUUGCACGGUGGGUGGGGGCCCUAAAUAAAAAUGUAACCCCUCCCCAUCUCCCCCCCAAAAAUAACCCCUACCUACCCCCCUCAUCCUAAAAAUAAUGAGGGGGGACCAUAAGCUAGAUACCUGUAAAAAAAUAAAAAAAAUAAACUUACCAUUUGAUGCCUUCUUUCUUCUAAAAUCUUAUUUUUUCAGCCCCCAAAAAGGCCAAAUUAAAAUCCAUAAUAACAGAUGCACUUUAACUACUUAAGGACCAAACUUCUGUAAUAAAAGGGACUCAUUACAUGUCACACAUGUCAUGUGUCCUUAAGGGGUUAAAAAAAUAAAAUAAAAAAACGAGCGCAAAAAAAAAAAAUCCAUCUUCACCUGGAGGACUCCGCGCAGACUGAGAUCUGCAGGGCGGGGGAAGGCUUAUAAAGCCAUGCCCCGCCCUGCAAUUAGGCUUAGAGUACUCUGAUUGGUGGGGUUAAGCCAUCCAAUCAGAGUGCUCUCAAAGGUAAAUGAGACUGACAGGUAAGUCUCUACAUUUACCUGUCAUAGCACUCUGAUUGGUUAGCUUGAAAUCCACCAAUCAGAGUGCUCUGUGUCAUUUUACACAGCGUGGGAAAAUUCUUUGGAAUUUUCCCACGCUGUGUAAUUUGACUCAUAAAAACACUUUGAUUGGUGGAUUGAAAGUAACCAAUCAGAGAGUUAUGAGUCAAAUUAUACAGCGUGGGAAAAUUCCAAAGAACUUUCCCACACAGUGUAAAAUGACAGAGAGCACUCUGAUUCGCUGGAUUUCAAGCUAACCAACCAAAGUGCUCUGUGUCAUUUUACACAGCGUGGGAAAAUUCCAAAGAACUUUUCCACGGUGUGCAAAAUGACUCAUAACACUCUGAUUGGAUGGCUUGAAAUCCAUCCAAUCAGAGUGCUCUGUGUCAUUUUACACAGCGUGGGAAAGUUCUUUUGAAUUUUCCCAUGCUGUGUGAAAUGACACAGAGCACUCUGAUUGGUUAGCUUGAAAUCCAGCCAAUCAGAGUGCUCUGUGUUUGUUUGCAUAGCGUGGGAAAGUUCUUUGGAAUUUUCCCACGUUGUGUAAAAUGACACAGAGCACUCUGAUUGGUUAGCUUGAAAUCCAGCCAAUCAGAGUGCUUUGUGUCAUUUUGCACAGCGUGGGAAAGUUCUUUGGAAUUUUCCCACGUUGUGUAAAAUGACACAGAGCACUCUGAUUGGUUAGCUUGAAAUCCAACCAAUCAGAGUGCUUUGUGUCAUUUUGCACAGCGUGGGAAAGUAGGUCCCCCCCUUAUUCUUAUUUAGGGCCCCCACCCGCCGUGCAGGGGUGGGGGCCGGGGGGGGAGGACAGUAGGUCCCCCCUCAUUGUUAUUUAGGGCCCUCACCCGCCGCGCAGGGGUGGGGGCCGGAGAGAGGACAGUAGGUCCCCCCUCAUUGUUAUUUAGGGCCCCCACCCGCCGCGCAGGGGUGGGGGCCAGGGGAAAGGAGGACAGUAGGUUCCCCCCUCAUUCUUAUUUAGGGCCCCCACCCGCAGCUGAGGGGUGGGGGCCAGGGGUGAGGACAGUAGGUCCCCCCCUCAAUCUUAUUUAGGGCCCCCACCCACCGCUCAGGGGUGGGGGCCGGGGGGAGGACAAUAGGUUCCCCCCCCCCUCAAUCUUAUUUAGGGCCCCCACCCACCAUUCAGGGGUGGGGACCAAUGUUUUUUUUUUGUUUUUUUUUACCACUGGCUGCUCACUGUUUACUAGACAUGCCCCUACUCGCGGUAUAGCGAGUAGGGGCUGAAUUUACUAAUACUAAGUAAUCUUUACUUAGUAUUAGUAAAUGUAGCUGAAAGACCAAUUUAGGUCUUUCAGCCUUUUGGUAGAUAGCUCACAUGCUGCACUGGCCAAUGGCAUGGCUGUGAUGGCUUCUAAGGGCACACAAGUCAAACGCUUGUUGAUUGGCUGCCCUGCAGCCUUUCAAAACGCACCAUUAAAUUGCCGAACACCGAACUCCAACCCAAACAUACAGUGAAAUGUCCAUGUUCGGGGUCCAAAAAAUUUAAUGUUCGGUACGAACCCAAACUUUACAGUUCGGGUUCGCUCAACUCUAGUUAUAGCAUCCAGAUUAAAAGAGUAUUGAAACCAUAUAUACCUAAUGGGCUUGCUUCAUCCUAAUCCCUGGUUAUAACUGGCACUUGGCUGCUGGGCUCUUUCAGCUAGCAUCUAGUCUAACACAUAGUAGAACUAAGCGAAAGGAGUUGGUCUAACAAUGGAUACAGUAGAAAUAUAGCAGGGGACAGUGUAGAAUUAUAGCAGCUGCAAGUUGCCAGUGGAGCCGCAGGCUAAACCCUGAGAGUGCUACAUGUAUAUUUAGUAAAGUGGGAUGAGCUAUCUGUUUAGUCAUCCCCCAGCCAUAGCUUGAAGCUUUUGUUUGCUGUGUUGCCUAGAUCCAUACAAGAUUUGCUUAUUCUGCUUUGGCUGAAUACGUGAUUAACCUCAUUACCAAUGAGUCAUUCAGCUGGAAAAGAAUGCAUGAGCAGUUCUGAAACAGACAGCACAGUGCUUUUAUGUUUAUAUUUACCAAUCAAAAUAGCGCACAGGAUUUUAAGUAUAGGGGGUAGUUAAAUGGUAGUCUGAAUUUAGACGAAAUAAAAUUCAGACACGUUCUAUUUAUUUAUUUAAUCUUAAUUGAGAAAACCUCAAAUGGUCACUUUCUGAGAGUACUUGCCAGUGCUGGGUACCUGCAUCACUGCUGACACCAUACGGUAACAGAAAGUAUAAGAAGGUACUCUGCUCUAGAAUAAAGCACCACUUAUACGUGAGACACUGUUUGCCAGCACACACUGUCUGUCUUUGUUCUCACAUACAAGAUUGGAUUCAUCCAGUUUGUCUUGACUGUCUGUUAAUCUGUCUUGGCUUAAACUCAAUAUGUCUCAGCACACGCUCACAGCACACAACGUCGGGACAUGGAAAACUGUUAAAACAUAAGAAAUAUUCAAUAAGAGACAAAAAAUAGAACUUCAUGUUACAGUUUAUCUUCAUGACAUGUUCUUUUUUUCUGAUACACCUUUAACUUGAUAAGAGUUAAGAUGGUGACAGUGGUACUGUCAAAUUUGGUAAAAAAAAAAUGAUUUCUUUUUUUCGAAUAAGUUUUUUAGUCAUCAGAUAUGCACAUAUUGAAAGCGAUAUGCUUGGACACGCAGGUCUGCUUCAGCAGUUACAUUUACAUUUCUAAGGUUUUUCGGUGUUACGUAAAGCCUAUCGUCUUCCUUCUACGUGUCAGGUGUGAGGUUGUACUGGUAAGUGGUAAGUUUGGGUAUUUACAUUAAAGGACUAAGGGGGACAGGGACACUGCACUCAGACCACUUCAAUGAACUGUUCUUUAUCUUCAUCACAUGUCCUUUUUUUGGUGCCUAUAGUGUCCAUUUCAAAGUAAUUGGACAAGAGUUCAAAUAUUUAGAUAGACAAAGAAAAAGAAAGAAAAGAGAAAAUUGAGCCAAAUUGUUAACCGGUACCUCCUAAUGGGGGGUAACCCCUAGAGUUAAAGUAUACUGAAAAAAGAGAAAAAGCUGGAGGUAGCAGUAAUGAGAUAUAUAAAUAAAGUGGAAUAUCCUAGGAAAGUGGUUUAUAAUUCAUUAAAACAUCAAGUGGAAUAUCCUAGGAAAGUAGUUUAUAAUUCAUUAAAACAUCACUUUUAAUAGUUUUUCCAUUAAAAAGUCCCAAACCAAGGACUGAACCUCACUGCAAACUAAUAAAACAAAAAUUAAAUAAAUAAUCAGUCAUAAUAUCGGACUGAAUUUAUUAUGUCACUGGAUAAGACCAGAAUUAUCCAACAGAGUCUUAGUUAGACAAAUACUGUUGGAUAUCUUAAACUGGACUCUGAGUCUUUGUAAAGGCUCAAUAAAAUAGAGCAAAAUAAGUGUAUUGUGAUAGCCACAAGAGUAAUAUUUACUCUAUAUAUUGCUCUAUAGGGCAAUUACCAACUAUACCCAUCACCAGAAGUAAGUGAAGUGUUAACACAUUGGUAACAGUUGCAAAAUGUAAUAUUAUAUCUCUGAAGUUGUGUCGAUUAGGUUUGGUUGCAAACAUUUAGCAUGUAAAGUGUGAUAUCUAGAAUCUGUUACUAUGUUGUAUAGCCACAAUACGCUUUGCCUUAAGGGGAUUUGGAUAGUUCUUUGUGAUAACCGUUUUAUUCUAUGCUGGUUCUCACUGUUGCAAUAUCAGUAGUGUGGUGGUACUACAGAGGUUAAAUAAUUUAUGGAUUAUUAGGAUAACCGCUAGUCCGUUAAUAUAAGAUCAAUUAACAUUCCGGGCAGCUGACGUUUUACACUGAAAGAAGUAUUGACGAGAUACUUCUAUAUUUUAGUCGCUAGAGAUACAACGUGGUGAUAUGUCCGUGGUAAUAUAGGUUUGCCCAGUUGCCGUGACGCGCGUUUCGCUUAUCAGCUCAUAAGAUGACCAGAUGAGCAACCAUUCAUUUUUUAUCUUUAGUGGUGCAGGAAAAUAGGGGGAGCAAGUGGCUUUUAGGAAUCAGGACCAAGCAAGUGGGGUUUUGCUAUUAGUAUAGCAUUGUUAAAAUGUCAAGUUAGAAAUGUCUUAGCAAUGUUGUAACAGCACUGCAUUCAUUAGAGUGUAGUGUCAUUAAAUCCAGGUCAUUAUGGUGUUCAACUCCCAAAUCUAACAUGUGCACCGGAUAUGCUGUGGGAUUUAAUUACUAUUAUCCUCAGCCAUGCUGAGAAUGAUAGAUGUUAUAGUGCACAUCAUUUUGAGUGCAGAUAUAAUCCUUACAUUUAUAUGGGUGGGAGAGCGAAGAUGCUUUAUACUGUAACUCUCAGACAAUUUUCACCUGGUGGAGAUGGUAGAGUGAAAGAAUUCAUGAGUGAAGAUGAAUCUUUCAAAUGGAUUUGGAUUAAUAUAUAACCCUAAAAUGGACACUGUGUUGUUAUAGUAUACUGAUCCCUAAAGCUGUGUAGCUCCUAACCCAAGGGUGUGACAAUGUAGAACUGGACUGGUAAAUAGACCCCUCUAACUAUUCUAUUUAAAAUGGCACCAUAAUAAUGUUAUACAUUCAAACUGACACCGUAAUGAUUUUCCACAACUUGUAAUUAUGACAAUUUUUUUUUAUUUUUGCCUUCAUAUACUUUCAUUGAGGUAUAACGAUAUGUAACGAAAUAAGUUUUACAGUUAUCCAAUACACCCAUACAAAAAAUAAACAGGUAUCAUGUACUAUGGAAUACAAGCAAAUGAAGCAAAAACAUCAUGUUACAAAGUGAAAAUUAUCAUUGAAUAAAAAAAGGUCCAGAGGAGAAUGUGGUAAAUGUAGCUGGGUUAUAAAUUGUAUGUUUAACAUCUGGCAGCGUAUUUUACAAAGCUUAUAGUUUGGGGGGUGUGGGGGACAGUACUGUUUUAAAUCCCAGUAGAUCUGUGAAUGUUGGCUAAACCAUGUGCAUUAAAUCAUAUGGUAAAAAUAUAAAUGACCGUUCAGCGCCUUAAAGGGUUACCCCAAGUACCAUGACCACUUCAAUUAUUUGAAGUUGUGAUGGUGCCUGCAAUCUGUAUGAGAAGCAUUUCACUAUGAAACGCUGCACAUACUGAAUUAACUGUAAGCUUCACCUCCAACAGUGUCAUGUUCAUGUUCGACAUCUGAAAUUGUUAUCUUCCAGAUGUUGUUUUGCCAAAACAUGGGAAAAGGGAUUUGGAAAAAUUUAAAUGUAACUUUUUUAAUAAAUAGCAUGAGCCAAAAUAAACAUCAAAAUGACUUUAACAUAGUGUUCUUCUUGUUUCUUAAAGAGAGCCACCUGAAAAAGAGAAGCAUCGUCAGGAAAGACAACUGACAAAUACGCCUUCAAACCAAUCCCCAAAUGAAGUGCAAGUAGAUCAUCUGACCCUGCAGAGGGAAAAAAGACGCGCUCCCCAGCUACGCCCUGUACGGCUCAUGCGUGUUGGCUGUGCUCUGGGAACUUGCCAGGUGCACAACCUAAAUUACAGAUUAUGGCAGCUGGUUGGCCAACAGGGAAAAGAACAGUCACCAAUACAUCUGAACAGCCCCCACAGCUAUGGAUAA